UAGCUCGGCGGCGCGUGGCUUCCCCCCAAAAUGGCGUCCAUGCGGGAGAGCGACACGGGCCUGUGGCUGCACAACAAGUUGGGGGCCACAGAUGAGCUGUGGGCGCCGCCCAGCAUCGCGUCCCUGCUCACGGCCGCGGUCAUCGACAACAUCCGUCUCUGCUUCCAUGGCCUUUCGUCGGCGGUGAAGCUCAAGCUGCUGCUCGGAACGCUGCACCUCCCGCGCCGCACGGUGGACGAGAUGAAGGGUGCCCUGAUGGAGAUCAUCCAGCUCGCCACACUCGACUCGGACCCUUGGGUGCUCAUGGUCGCCGACAUUCUGAAGUCCUUUCCUGACACAGGGUCGCUUAACCUGGACCUUGAGGAGCAGAAUCCAAAUGUUCAAGACAUUUUAGGAGAACUUAGAGAGAAGGUGGGUGAGUGCGAGGCAUCUGCCAUGCUGCCGCUGGAAUGCCAGUACUUGAAUAAAAAUGCCCUGACGACCCUCGCCGGACCCCUGACACCUCCAGUGAAGCAUUUUCAGUUGAAGCGGAAACCCAAGAGCGCCACGCUGCGGGCGGAGCUACUGCAGAAGUCCACCGAGACAGCCCAGCAGCUGAGGAGGAGUGCGGGCGUGCCCUUCCACGCCAAGGGACGGGGCCUGCUCCGGAAGAUGGACACCACAACCCCACUCAGAGGCAUCCCGAAGCAAGCACCUUUCAGAAGCCCCACGACGCCCAGUGUCUUCAGCCCCACUGGGAACCGGACCCCAAUCCCACCUUCAAGGACACCGCUGAGGAAAGAAAGGGGUGUGAAGCUGCUUGACAUCUCUGAGCUGGAUAUGGUCGGUGCCGGCCGGGAGGCAAAGAGGAGGAGGAAAACGCUAGAUGCAGAGGUGGUGGAAAAACCACCCAAAGAAGAGACAGUUGUUGAAAAUGCCACUCCAGACUAUGCAGCUGGCCUGGUGUCCACACAGAAACUUGGGCCCCUGAACACUGAGCCUGUGCUGCCCUCCACAAGCUACCUGCCCUCCACGCCCAGCGUGGUCCCAGCCUCCUCCUACAUCCCCAGCUCCGAGACCCCCCCUGCCCCAUCUUCUCGGGAAGCCAGCCUGCAGGCCAGCCGGCCACCGGAAGAGCCCAGUGCCCCAAGCCCCACGCUGCCAGCACAGUUCAAGCAGAGAGCACCUAUGUACAACAGUGGCCUGAGCCCAGCUGCACCCACGCCUGCAGCACCCACCUCACCUCUGACACCCACUACGCCCCCAGCCAUUGCCCCUACGGCCCAGACACCCCCGGUGGCCAUGGUGGCCCCACAGACCCAGCCCCCUGCCCAGCAGCAGCCUAAGAAGAAUCUGUCCCUCACAAGGGAGCAGAUGUUUGCUGCCCAGGAGAUGUUCAAGACUGCCAACAAAGUCACACGUCCCGAGAAGGCCCUCAUCCUGGGCUUCAUGGCAGGCUCCCGAGAGAACCCAUGCCAGGAGCAGGGGGACGUGAUCCAGAUCAAGCUCAGCGAGCACACGGAGGACCUGCCCAAGGCAGACGGCCAGGGCAGCACCACCAUGCUGGUGGACACAGUGUUCGAGAUGAACUAUGCCACAGGCCAGUGGACGCGCUUCAAGAAGUACAAGCCCAUGACCAAUGUGUCCUGAGGGUGCCUGCCCAACUGCCAGCCCUGACCAGGGCUCUGAGGGGCGACAGCUUUGGUUUUAAGCAGCCAGGUGGUGGACACCCAGCAGGCUCCUUAAGUUUUAGAUGUUUCUCUGGGGUGUUUUGGGCUUGUUUUUUAAAUUUUAAUAUGGGUUAAUUUUUGUGUGAUAUAAGAUACUAUUUUGGAUUCCAUAUGACAUUUUUGAAUGUUAAAGCUAACCAAAAAAGUUAUAACAUUCUGAUUUUAGUGACAGCUCUGCCUGUUAAGACUUACACCGUUAAGAAAUUUUUUUUAAUUCCAUUGACCUCAAGUGAGGGCUUUCCCUUGUUAGUGCAGUGCCCUCCCUCCCCAGCAGGGUUGAGGGGACCAGAGGUGGUGCACGGCAUUGCUGGGGACCGGGUGGGAACACCCUAGCCAUGCCAGAGAACAGGAAACAGCGCUCUGUCCAUCACCAAGACCUGCCUGGGAGUUUUGUAUUUGUCUUUUGUACAGUUGCUGACACUUCAGACAGUCUUUGGGUACCUAUUUUCAUUGUAAAACAAUCUGAAUAAUUA